UUCUCACAUUUAGAGCAUUUGAAUCCCAAAUAAUUCAACGCGAAGGUAUCCUACAAGACGUUAAGAAGCCCUUUACCAUGGAGAUUCUUCAAAGGAUCCGACAAACAUUAUCUAUAUUUUCAUUUUUUAUUCAAUCAAACCCUUCAUUUAUUCUCUUAAUUUACACAUUAUUAUUCCCCCUAUGUAACAAUUUGUCCCAAAACUCUUUACACUGUCCUUUCCCCCUUAAUUGCAUCCUUCGUGCCCAUCACAGCUUUUUCUUCUUCUUUUUAUUUCUUCCCUUCUAG